AUGGUCCAGCUCCCGGCCAAGGCUGCCGCACCGCCACCAGCGGCGACGGCUGUGCCAGUACCAGGCACUACAGGAGGAGAGGACUAUAUCCUAAAUUGGGAACAACGGCUUCAUAUUGCAUUUGAUGCUGCCCAAGGAUUGGAGUAUUUACAUGAGUUAUGCACCCCAUCAAUAGUGCAUAGAGAUGUGAAGACCCCCAACAUCCUACUAGACAAGAAUCUAGUGGGGAUAAUAUCUGAUUUUGGGCUUUCGCGGGCUUUUAACGAUGCUCACACACACAUAUCUACUGUUGCUGCUGGCACUCUUGGCUACCUUGACCCUGAGUACCAUGCAACUUUCCAACUCACUGUCAAGACAGAUGUUUACAGCUUUGGUAUUGUGCUGUUGGAGAUCAUCACUGCUCAACCCCCAGUGAUCAUGGACCCUCAACCUGUCCACCUACCAAAAUGGGUGCGCCAAAAGAUAGCAAAAGGCAGUAUUCAUGAUGUCGUGGACAAAAAGUUGUUAGAUCAAUACAACGUCAGUUCCCUGCAGAGUGUGAUAGACCUUGCCAUGGACUGUGUCGAAAAUGCAGCCGUUGAUAGGCCGGCCAUGACCGAGGUUGUUUCAAAGCUCAAAGUGUUGUUGCCAUUGGUUACAAGCGAAAAGCGGUCUAUUUAUGGAACCACUCAAUAUAAAAACUCCAUGGAUAGUGAAAUUUCACAACAGUACCAGUUGACGAUUUCUGGAGCAAGCACGGAAGGGAGCUCCUUCCAGUCUGGUUAUACCGGUGGGAUGUCAGCAAUAAGCAUGUCUUCUGGAAGGUGA